CAUCAAGACGCCGAGUGAACUCUGGAUAUCAAGAGGAAUAUCUUUUUGGCAGUAAACCAUCGAGCCCCUGGACCCUUUUAUUCUCUAAGUUAACCAGACGCUGUGGACCCUGAAGCUCAAGCAUCCUACAACAGACUAAAGAGACACCAAGAUAAAGCAAUGGACGUUGAGUCUCUUCAGAAGAGCGGCCGCCGCCGUGGAAGCUGCCUGGACGUUUUCCUCGUUGUGUCCACCAUUUUUCUGCUUGUGGCGGUGGCAGCUCUGGCCGCCGGCGGAGUGAUGGUGGUGAUGGAGCUGCGGUCCGAGCUGGAGACCCCGCGUCUUUCAUCUGAUCCCGGGACAUCAAGGCUGACAGGAGACACACUGUCAGUAUACAAGAUGCAGAACUUUGCCUAUCUGGAAGCCGUCUCAAGCAAGCUGCAGAACUCCACCAUGGAAUUGUCUCAAAUCAAAUAUGGUGCUGGGCUGUCCGUGGGAAGCAACUUCCAGUUUGAGGAAGGUACGCAUUCGUUGAAGGCCAAACAGGUGGGGUACUACUUCAUAUACAUCAAUCUCAACCUCACCUGCACCUACGAAUGUAGCGCGGGACUCCUCAGUGUGAGGUUGGGCGAUAAACUCACCUGCGAGGUGGAGCUUCCGGCUCUGGCGGAUACAACGCCUGUAAGCAGGAAGUGCUGGACAGUGAGCCGAUUGGACGGGCAGAAACUGUUCACUCAGAUGACCGUAUCAAAGGAGGGACUGCAGAACUGGAGGCUGGAGCUGAACACCUCAGGACUUGGGAUGUUCCUCGUGGACUAAUGUAGACGCCGAUCUGCCUGCACGUGUGUGACCUUUGGGUCAUAACUGUGUUUUCUAAGUGUCCAACUAAAUGAAGAUGGGUCUACUCCGGUGCUCAUUUCAAAGCUUUAUCCAGAUUUCUUGCAAACUAAGGCCAUGAAGCUAAGCAGGAUUUUAAGGAGAAGUUGCAUUUUUUUAUGCAAACUGCAUCUGGGAAACACAAUUGCCUAAUUUUGUAUAGAUAUGUAUAUGAUAUAUUUAUUUGAUGAUGAAACUAUUUAUGUAUCUAUAUUUAUACUUUUUGUUUUAAUAGAAAUGUAUUAUGAAGUAGAUAUCACUACAUUAGUGUCGAUGUACAAUACACUGCUAGUUUAAUAAGCCUAUAUUGGUUUAUAUUACUUCUGUUUUGCUCUGUUUUUUUCAUAUAUAAAUUACUCAGUGCAUAAAGUUGAGUGUUAUAAUAAAAUACAAGAUGAUAAUUCUGCUCGGAAACCCCAACAAGCUCCUCAGGGAUCUCAUUUAGAUCUAGUGAGGUUAAGUGGAGGUCCUAUGAGAAGUGUCUCUGUGAUGAAAUCAUGACCACAUUACUAAAGUAUCUUUAAUAUGUGUACUCAUGAAUAAGAAAAUGUUUUGUUUUUGAAAGACAUGUAAGUCCUAUGGACAAUUUGCACAUUGUUGAAUUUAUUUCAAUGUAUCCAUAUUAAACUUGGAUAUUUUGCCCUG